AUGGGGGCACUGGGUGAGGGUAGUGGGAUCGGGUGGGGUCAGACUGGGUGGAGUGGGGUCAGGUGGGCGUGCCCUGACAGAGAAUUCAAUCUUUCCCAAUCUAGCCUGACCAGCAGCCCACUCUGCCUGCUCCUCAACAAUAUCCAGCAUGAUGAUCCUGAGCUUGCUGCUGCAAUCACCUCACCACACAAGUGUCCCCACAAUCCUAACAUGGUUUUCCCUGAAAAAGAGUUUACAGACACCCCAGAAGAUGAUGCUGAUAUCUCCCUUGAAGAUGUUUUUGAGCAUUUGGAUGGUGAUGUAGUCCCUGAAGGUCUUACCACUGAGCCGAAUGGUGGUUUGCAAUUGGCAUCAACUUUGGCUGAAGGAGUUGGAGCGAUGAAGACCUUGGCAAGACUUCCCCUCUUUCAAACUCCACAGAGGAAUUUGGCUGAGGAAAAUGUGUCAGACAUGCAUGCAAUCUGGAGGAGAAGAUGGCGAUUUUUUACCUUUGAUUAUUAUCCUUUUUUGGAAAACAUUUGA